CACGGCGGCAGCGGGGAGGGCAGGUGAACUCCGGGGAAGGAUGACCGGCGUCGCCGCGAUCGUCUUUCUCCUCCAGCUUUUGCCCAAGGCGGAGGGACAGGUCUUCGCAGGUGGUUGUUCAUUUGAUGAGCACUACAGUAAUUGUGGUUAUAGCGUGGCCUUGGGAACCAAUGGAUUUACCUGGGAGCAGAUCAAUACCUGGGAAAAGCCAACAAUGGAUCCUGCUGUCCCAACUGGCUCCUUCAUGAUGGUGAACAGCUCUGGGAGGGCAUCUGGGCAGAAGGCUCACCUGCUGCUGCCCACGCUGAAGGAGAACGACACACAUUGCAUCGACUUCCACUAUUACUUGUCCAGCAGGGACCGCUCCAGCCCUGGCUCUCUCAACGUCUACGUGAAGGUGAAUGGAGGACCACAGGGCAAUCCCAUCUGGAACGUCUCGGGGGUUGUUACAGAAGGAUGGGUGAAAGCAGAACUUGCCAUCAGUACGUUCUGGCCACAUUUUUAUCAGGUGAUAUUUGAGUCUGUCUCUUUGAAAGGACAUCCUGGGUACAUAGCUGUGGAUGAAGUCAGAGUUCUUGCCCAUCCAUGCAGAAAAGCACCUCAUUUCCUACGACUUCAGAACGUGGAGGUUAAUGUGGGGCAGAACGCGACGUUCCAGUGCAUUGCUGGGGGGAAGUGGUCACAGCACGACAAACUGUGGCUCCAGCAGUGGAAUGGAAGGGACACAGCGUUAAUGGUCACACGGGUGGUCAACCACAGACGGUUUUCUGCUACUGUCAGCGUGGCCGACACCUCUCAGCGCAGCAUCAGCAAGUACCGGUGUGUCAUUCGUUCCGAUGGUGGAUCUGGAGUCUCAAAUUAUGCAGAAUUAAUAGUGAAAGAACCCCCAACCCCUAUCGCCCCUCCGGAGCUGCUGGCUGUCGGAGCCACCUACCUGUGGAUCAAACCCAACGCCAACUCCAUCAUCGGAGACGGGCCCAUCAUCCUGAAAGAGGUGGAGUAUCGGACGACCACUGGGAACUGGGCAGAAACGCACAUUGUAGACUCUCCUAAUUACAAACUGUGGCAUUUGGAUCCUGACGUGGAGUAUGAGAUCCGAGUGCUGCUCACACGCCCCGGAGAAGGAGGCACAGGGCCCCCUGGACCACCGCUCACAACCAGGACAAAAUGUGCAGAUCCUGUCCAUGGGCCACAGAACGUAGAGGUUGUUGAUAUCCGCUCCCGGCAGCUGACGUUGCAGUGGGAGCCCUUUGGUUACGCGGUGACCCGCUGCCACAGCUACAACCUCACUGUCCAGUACCAGUACGUGUUUAACCAGCAAAAAUUUGAGGCUGAGGAGCUCAUCCAAACUUCUUCCCACUACACCUUGCGAGGUCUUCGGCCCUUCAUGACCAUCCGGCUGAGGUUGGCCCUCUCCAACCCGGAGGGCAAAAUGGAAAGUGAGGAGUUGGUUGUGCAGACCGAGGAAGACGUUCCUGGACCCGUUCCCUUGGAAUCCAUCCAGGGAGGACCUUUUGAAGAGAAGAUCUAUGUUCAGUGGAAGCCUCCAAAUGAGACAAAUGGCAUCAUUACACUCUAUGAGAUUACGUACAAGGCCGUUGGGUCCCUGGAUCCCAGCGCUGACCUCUCCAGCCAAAGAGGGAAAGUCUUCAAACUAAGGAAUGAAACCCAUCACCUCUUUGUAGGAUUAUACCCAGGGACUACGUAUUCAUUCACCAUCAAAGCCAGCACAGUCAAGGGCUUUGGGCCACCCAUCACGACACGGAUUGCAACGAAGAUUUCAGCACCGUCGAUGCCGGAGUACGACACGGACUCCCCCCUGAACGAGACUGACACCACCAUCACCGUGAUGCUGAAGCCGGCUCAGUCCCGGGGAGCACCCGUCAGUGUCUAUCAGCUUGUUGUCAAGGAGGAGAAGCUGCAGAAAGCACGGAGAGCUGCAGACAUCAUCGAAUGCUUCUCCGUCCCAGUGAGCUACAAGAAUGCUUCCAGCCUCGACUCCCCGCACUACUUUGCAGCUGAGCUGAAGCCCAUCAACCUGCCCGUCACACAGCCGUUCACCGUGGGUGACAACAAGACCUACAACGGCUACUGGAACGCUCCGCUUUCGCCCCUGAAAAGCUACAGCAUAUACUUCCAGGCUCUGAGCAAGGCAAAUGGAGAAACAAAAAUCAACUGUGUCCGGCUGGCGACAAAAGGAGCUUCCACCCAGAAUUCCAACGCAGUGGAACCGGAAAAACAAGUUGACAGCACGGUGAAAAUGGCCGGAGUUAUAGCUGGUCUUCUGAUGUUUGUUAUUAUCCUCUUGGGAGCAAUGCUUACCAUCAAGAGAAGGAUGUUUUGUUCAUCUGACUGGCCGUCAAUAUUUAGAAGAAAUGCCUAUUCCUACUCCUAUUACUUGCAUUCAAGCCAAUGUUUUAGGGGCCUCUCUGUCUUCUACAGGACCAGGAAGCUAGCCAAGAAGCAGAAGGAGACUCAGACCAGCACGCAGAGGGAGAUGGGCCCCGUGGCUACUUCCGACAAGACCUCUACCAAACUCAGUGCUGUUCACAAUGAAGAAGCUUUUUCUUCCAGCUGCCAAGAUGUUAAUGGAUUCACAUCACCCUCUCCUUGUUCAUUUUCUGUCCAAAGCAAAACCCUUCAGAGCAAAUCUUUGUUGAAUUCCUACUACUCAGUAUCAUCAGACACUGUUCCAUCGACCACGCUGUUAGACAGUAGCCAUGGAGAGAUGACCCAGCCAACGCUGACCAUCCAGACCCACCCGUACCGGAGCUGCGAGCCGGUGGAAAUGUCCUACCCCCGGGGGCAGUUCCAGCCAGCCAUCCGAGUGGCCGACCUGCUGCAGCACAUCACCCAGAUGAAGCGAGGGCAGGGCUAUGGAUUUAAAGAGGAGUAUGAGGCACUCCCCGAGGGGCAGACGGCAUCCUGGGAUACAGCCAAGGAGGACGAAAACCGCAAUAAGAACAGAUAUGGAAACAUAAUCUCCUAUGAUCAUUCAAGAGUGAGAUUGCAGCUGCUGGAUGGGGACCCUCACUCUGACUACAUCAACGCCAAUUACAUCGACGGAUACCACCGGCCUCGCCAUUACAUCGCAACUCAAGGGCCGAUGCAAGAGACAGUGAAGGAUUUCUGGAGAAUGAUUUGGCAAGAAAACUCUGCAAGUGUUGUCAUGGUCACCAACUUGGUGGAAGUGGGCAGGGUAAAGUGUGUUCGAUACUGGCCAGAUGACACAGAGGUCUAUGGAGACAUUAAAGUCACAUUAAUUGAGACAGAACCAUUGGCAGAGUAUGUCAUACGCACUUUUACUGUACAAAAGAAAGGCUACCAUGAGAUCCGAGAGAUUCGGCAGUUCCACUUCACCAGCUGGCCGGACCAUGGGGUCCCUUGCUAUGCCACGGGCCUCCUGGGCUUCGUUCGCCAAGUGAAGUUUCUCAAUCCCCCAGAAGCAGGACCCAUCGUUGUGCACUGCAGUGCUGGGGCCGGGAGAACAGGGUGCUUUAUUGCCAUCGACAUCAUGCUUGACAUGGCAGAGAACGAAGGCGUGGUAGAUAUAUUUAACUGCGUGCGAGAGCUGCGAUCCCAAAGGGUCAAUCUGGUGCAGACAGAGGAGCAGUAUGUAUUUGUCCAUGAUGCCAUUUUGGAGGCAUGUCUCUGUGGCAACACAGCCAUUCCAGUUUGUGAGUUCAGAUCCAUAUAUUACAACAUCAGCAGACUAGAUCCACAGACCAAUUCCAGCCAGAUAAAAGAUGAGUUUCAGACUCUCAAUAUUGUGACGCCGCGCGUGCGACCAGAAGAUUGCAGCAUCGGCCUUUUGCCAAGGAACCAUGACAAGAACCGCUGCAUGGAUGUGUUGCCCUUGGACCGGUGCCUGCCUUUCCUCAUCUCCGUGGAUGGUGAAUCGAGUAACUACAUCAAUGCUGCACUCAUGGAUAGCCACAAGCAACCUGCUGCCUUUAUUGUAACCCAACACCCUUUGCCCAACACCAUAGCAGACUUCUGGAGGCUGGUGUUUGAUUAUAACUGCUCCUCGGUCGUGAUGCUGAAUGAGAUGGAUGCGGCGCAACUCUGCAUGCAGUACUGGCCAGAGAAGACAUCCUGCUGUUAUGGGCCAAUUCAAGUAGAGUUUGUUUCAGCAGACAUCGAUGAAGAUAUCAUCAACCGGAUAUUCCGGAUCUGCAACAUGGCCAGGCCUCAGGACGGGUAUCGCAUAGUCCAGCACCUGCAGUACAUUGGCUGGCCAGCGUACAGGGACACCCCUCCUUCCAAACGCUCCCUCCUCAAGGUGGUCAGACGGUUGGAGAAGUGGCAGGAACAGUACGAUGGGAGAGACGGACGCACUGUUGUCCACUGCCUGAACGGCGGGGGACGCAGCGGCACCUUCUGUGCCAUCUGCAGUGUGUGUGAAAUGAUUCAACAGCAAAAUAUCAUUGAUGUGUUCCACAUAGUGAAAACAUUACGGAAUAACAAGUCCAACAUGGUGGAGUCACUGGAACAAUAUAAAUUUGUAUACGAGGUUGCACUGGAAUACUUGAGUUCCUUUUAGCCCCGCGGAGGGAGGGGAGCCCCCGAAACGCCAGGCCCUGAUCUCUGGCAGAUGCUUCUCCCCUCUCCCACACUGGAAGGCAGUAACACGUGUGGGAAGGACAACCUCUCCUUCCCGGAGAAGAGACUGAGAUUGCACAGACCUUGCUGGAAGGAGGAGACGAUGCCUGUGUUUGCUGCUGCCUGCUUUUUAUCGGAACAUCUACUGCUUCUUAAAUAACCUACUGUAAAAAUUAGCAAAAUGGGAGACAGGCUGAAAGACUGGACUUUCUAAUUCCCUCUGACUUCUUCUCUCCUCUUUCGGAUUGUAUUUUUGCUCUCCCUGCUGUGAAGUGGGGAAAGGAUGAAACCCUUAGGGAAUUCUCUUUUAAAUGUCUCCUUUUUAAUUUAUAAUUUUGGUCUCAAAUCCUAGUCUUUAAUUUUUUGAAUUUCGUGCAGCAGUCAUUUGGGAAAAAUGAGAUAGCCAUAAGGGAUAUAUGGAAUCUUUCAUUAUGAUUUGUCUCUCUUAUCUGUUUCCUUUUAUUUUUUUUCCAAAUGAAAAGGCCAACACACAAAAAAAAAAAAAGCCCAAACAACAAACCCACAAGACUGGAGUUCUCCUCCCAUAUGCAGUCCCUUUA